CCUUUCCCACCGCUCUUCCUCCUUCCCCGGGAAGCAGGAAGCUUCCUGGAGGGCACAGAUACGCAGUGGGCUGGGCGAUUCACCCCAAGCGCGGUCUUCAGAAAGCUCACCGUCUCCCGGGCCCCCAGAGACGGCCGGCCAUCCUCAGCGCAGAGCGAUGGAGUCCUGGCUGGAGACGCACUGGGCGCGGCCCUUUCACCUGGCGUUUGUAUUCUGCCUGGCCCUGGGGCUGCUACUGACCAUCAAGCUCUACGUGAGGAGGCAGAGGCUGCUGAGAGAUCUGCGCGCCUUCCCCGGGCCCGCCGCGUCCUUGUUCCCCGGGCACCAGAAGUUACUUGAGGGUGAGAAUUUUGAGAAACUUGAGGAGAUUGUCGAAAAAUACCCUUGUGCCUUUCCUUUUUGGAUUGGGCCCUUUCAGGCAUUUUUCUAUAUCUAUGACCUGGACUAUGCAAAGACAUUUCUGAGCAGAACAGAUCCCAAAUCCAACUACCUAUACAAGUUCUUGGUUCCAUCUGUUGGAGAAGGACUACUGAAUCUGAAUGGACCCAAGUGGUUCCAGCAUUGAUGCCUAAUAACUCCUGUAUUCCAUUUUAACAUCAUGAAAUCAUACGUCGAGGUGGUGGUUCAUUCUGUGAACAUAAUGCUGGGUAAGUGGGAGAAGAUUUGCGGCACUCAGAACACAGUUGUGGAAGUUUCUAAACACAUCAGCUUUAUGUCCCUGGACGUACUCAUGAAAUGUACUUUCAGCAUGGACACCAACUGCCAGAUAAACAGAACCCAUGAUCGUUAUGUAAAAGCGAUGUCUGAAAUCUCCAAAAUCAUCUUUAACCGCUUGUACAACUUUUUACUUCACUAUGACAUAAUUUUCAAAUUCACCCCUGUGGGCCGCCGCUUACUGGAAUUAAGCAAAAUUCUGCAUCAGUACACAGACCAGAUAAUCCAGGAAAGAAAGAAGUCCCUCAAGACUGAGAGGAAGCAGGGUAACACUCAAAAGAAGUACCAGGAUUUUCUGGAUAUUGUUCUUUCUGCCCAGGACGAAAAUGGUAACAACUUCUCAGAUACUGACCUACGGUCCGAGGUGAACAGUUUCCUGGUGACAGGGCAAGACACUGUGGGAGGGAGCAUUUCCUGGAUCCUCUACCACCUGGCUCAGAACCCUGAGCAUCAGGAGAGAUGCCGGGAAGAGAUCAGAGGCGUCCUGGGAGAUGGGUCAUCUAUCACCUGGGACCAGCUGAGAGAGAUGUCAUACGCCACAAUGUGUAUCAAGGAGUCUCUCCGAUUGAUGCCUACCGCCUUUUCUGUUUCCAGAGAACUCAGCAAGCCCAUUACCUUCCCAGAUGGACGCUCCUUGCCUGCAGGAAUAACAGUGGUUCUCAGUAUUUGGGGUCUUCAUCACAAUCCUGCUGUCUGGGAAAACCCAAAGGUCUUUGACCCCUUGAGGUUCUCUCCGGAGAAUUGUAAUCAGAGACACUCCCACUCCUUCUUACCAUUCUCAGCUGGACCGAGGAACUGCGUCGGGCAACAGUUUGCCAUAAUGGAGUUAAAAGUGGCCGUUGCUUUGAUUCUGCUGUGCUUCCAGUUGACUCCAGAUCCCACCAGGCCUCUUUCUGUCGUGCCCCAGGUUGUUCUCCGAUCCAAGAAUGGGGUCCACUUAUACCUGAAAAAACUUUCUUAAUGUUAGAGCCCAGGGUACAAUGGUUAUAUAUAUUUUGUUUUAAUGUUAAAUUUACAACUAAUGGUCCAAGAAAAUGGAGAGGAAUCAAAGUAUGGUGGGAAGGUUAGGGGUAGGUGGUAUGGGGGGUCUCUGUGGACCUGCAUAUUAUUCGAAAACAUUUUUGGGUGACACUCUGUAUCACCUAGAUCUGUUUCUGUGUGACUUUGGGAGAUUUUCAGGACUUUUCUGUUUGAUUUCGGCUACUAUUAAUGCUAUAUACCAAGAAGUUUGCUAGAUGACAUUCAUAUAUGUUCUGUUGUUUUUAAAAAUAACUUUUCAGAAUUACGCAGUAAUAGAUGAAUGUAUUUCCAACAGUAGAAAAACAUGUAGAAUAAAAAGUAAAAAUCUCAUUUCAGGUAGUAUACCCCUACUUCCCUGACCAAUCCUACGGCUUUUCCUAAACACAGAAUAGUUUGGUGUGCAUUCUUUCAGACUUUUUCCUGUACACUUCAUAUGUAUGUAUGUAUUCUUAUAGAUGGGAUCAAAUCCAUAUUGUUCUUGCCUUUUUCACUCAAUAAAAAUACAUCUCAUU